AGAGCUGCGAGAGCCGGAGGAGCCGCUGCCAACUGGACACGCUUCCCGGGGCCCCGGGCCAGCCCGUGCGCCAUGAAGCGCUAGCGCUGCGGCCAGCGCUGGGGCCGGGCUGGCGGGCGGCGGCUGCGGGCAGGUGCGCAAGCGAGCGCGCGGAUAGGCGCGCACCCGGCGGAUGCCCCAGCCGGGGCCCAGCGAGCGCCAGGUAGUUCCAAUUUGCCAGCAGAAUGAAUAGAGAAAGAGAUUCAGAAACGACAGUUGAGGAGGAUUCUCAGCCUAAUGACGAAGUGGUCCCUUACAGUGAUGAUGAAACAGAAGAUGAACUUGAAGACCAGGAGCCUGCGGUGGAACCAGAGCAGAAUCGAGUUAACAGAGAAGCAGAGGAAAACCGGGAGCCAUUCAAAAAAGAUUGUACAUGGCAAGUCAAAGCAAAUGAUCGAAGCUUCCACGAACAACCUCAAUUUAUGAACACAAAGUUCUUUUGUAUUAAGGAGAGCAAAUAUGAGAAUAAUGCAAUUAAAACAUACAAGUAUAAUGCAUUUACCUUUCUACCAAUGAAUUUGUUUGAGCAGUUUAAGAGAGCAGCCAAUUUCUAUUUCCUGGUCCUUCUUAUCUUGCAGGCGAUCCCUCAAAUCACGACCCUGGCGUGGUACACCACCCUGGUGCCCUUGCUUGUGGUGCUGGGUAUCACGGCCAUCAAAGACCUCAUGGACGACGUGGCUCGCCAUAAAAUGGACAACGAAAUCAACAAUAGGACGUGUGAAGUCAUUAAGGAUGGCAGGUUCAAAAUUGCCAAGUGGAAAGAGAUUCAAGUCGGAGAUGUCAUUCGUCUGAAAAAAAAUGAUUUCAUCCCGGCUGACAUCCUGCUGCUGUCCAGCUCUGAACCUAACAGCCUCUGCUACGUGGAAACGGCUGAACUGGAUGGAGAAACCAAUUUAAAGUUCAAAAUGGCACUUGAAAUCACACACCAGUAUCUCCAAAAAGAAAAUUCAUUGGCAGCAUUUGAUGGUUUUAUUGAAUGCGAGGAACCGAAUAACCGACUAGAUAAGUUUACAGGAACACUGUUUUGGAGAAAUACAAGUUUUCCUUUGGAUGCUGAUAAAAUUUUGUUACGCGGCUGUGUAACCAGGAACACUGAUUUCUGCCAUGGAUUGGUCAUUUUUGCAGGUGCUGACACUAAAAUAAUGAAGAAUAGUGGGAAAACCAGAUUUAAAAGAACUAAGAUUGAUUACUUGAUGAACUACAUGGUGUAUACGAUCUUUGUUGUUCUUACCUUGCUCUCUUCGGGUCUUGCCAUCGGCCACGCUUACUGGGAAGCUCAAAUUGGCAAUUAUUCUUGGUACCUCUAUGAUGGAGAAGACUCGGCACCCUCCUACCGUGGAUUCCUAAAUUUCUGGGGCUACAUCAUUGUUCUGAAUACCCUGGUGCCCAUCUCUCUCUACGUCAGCGUGGAAGUGAUUCGUCUUGGACAGAGUUACUUCAUCAACUGGGACCUGCAGAUGUACUAUCCUGAGAAAGACACGCCCGCGAAGGCAAGAACCACCACGCUGAAUGAGCAGCUCGGGCAGAUCCAUUACAUCUUCUCUGACAAGACAGGGACGCUCACACAGAACAUCAUGACCUUUAAAAAAUGCUGCAUCAGCGGGCAAAUUUACGGAGACCAUCGGGAUACUUCUCAGAACAGUCAUAGCAAAAUAGAGCCAGUGGAUUUUAGCUGGAAUACGUAUUCCGAUGGGAAGCUUGUAUUUUAUGACCAUUAUCUCAUCGAGCAAAUCCAGUCGGGGAAGGAGCCGGAAGUGCGACAGUUCUUCUUCCUGCUGGCCGCGUGCCACACGGUCAUGGUGGACAGGCUCGACGGUCAGCUCAACUACCAGGCGGCCUCUCCUGACGAAGGUGCUCUGGUAAGCGCCGCCAGGAACUUCGGUUUUGUCUUCCUCACCAGGACCCAGAACACGAUCACCAUCAGUGAGUUGGGCACUGAGAGGACCUACAAUGUUCUCGCCAUUUUAGACUUCAACAGUGACCGGAAGCGAAUGUCUAUAAUUGUAAGAACCCCAGAAGGCAAUAUCAGGCUUUAUUGUAAAGGUGCUGACACUGUAAUUUAUGAACGGUUACAUCAAAUGAAUCCUACGAAACAAGAGACACAGGAUGCCCUGGAUAUCUUUGCAAGUGAGACUCUUAGAACCCUGUGCCUUUGCUAUAAGGAAAUUGAAGAAAAAGAAUUUGAAGAAUGGAAUAAAAAGUAUAUGGCUGCAAGUGUAGCCUCAACCAACCGGGAGGAAGCUCUGGAUAAAGUAUAUGAGGAGAUUGAAAAAGACUUAAUUCUGUUGGGAGCAACAGCUAUUGAAGACAAGCUGCAAGAUGGAGUCCCAGAAACCAUUUCAAAACUUGCAAAAGCUGACAUUAAGAUCUGGGUGCUUACUGGAGACAAAAAGGAAACUGCUGAAAAUAUAGGAUUUGCCUGUGAACUUCUUACUGAAGAUACCACUAUCUGCUAUGGGGAAGAUAUCAGUGCUCUUCUUCAUACAAGGAUGGAAAACCAGAGGAACAGAAGUGGAGUCUAUGCAAAAUUUGUACCCCAAGUACACGAACCUUUUUUUCCAUCUGGUGGAAACCGUGCCUUAAUAAUCACUGGUUCUUGGUUGAAUGAAAUUCUUCUCGAGAAAAAGACCAAGAGAAGUAAGAUUUUGAAACUGAAGUUCCCUAGGACAGAAGAAGAAAGACGAAUGCGGACACAAAGCAAGAGGAGGCUGGAAGCUAAAAAGGAGCAGCAGCAGCAGAACUUUGUGGACCUGGCCUGUGAGUGCAGUGCGGUCAUCUGCUGCCGAGUCACCCCCAAGCAGAAGGCCAUGGUGGUGGACCUGGUGAAGAGGUACAAGAAAGCCAUCACGCUCGCCAUUGGAGACGGGGCCAAUGAUGUCAACAUGAUCAAAACUGCCCACAUUGGUGUUGGAAUAAGUGGACAAGAAGGCAUGCAAGCCGUCAUGUCAAGUGACUAUUCCUUUGCACAGUUCAGAUACUUGCAGAGACUGCUGUUGGUGCAUGGCAGGUGGUCUUACAUAAGGAUGUGCAAGUUCCUACGAUACUUCUUUUAUAAAAACUUUUCAUUUACUUUGGUUCAUUUCUGGUACUCCUUCUUCAAUGGGUACUCUGCACAGACCGCGUACGAAGACUGGUUCAUCACCCUCUACAAUGUGCUCUACUCCAGCCUGCCCGUCCUCCUCAUGGGGCUGCUUGACCAGGAUGUGAGCGACAAACUGAGCCUCCGCUUCCCCAGGUUAUACAUGGUGGGACAGAGAGACUUACUAUUCAACUAUAAGAGAUUCUUUGUAAGCUUACUGCACGGGGUUUUAACAUCACUGAUCCUCUUCUUCAUACCUCUUGGAGCUUAUCUGCAAACUGUGGGACAGGAUGGAGAGGCGCCCUCAGACUACCAAUCUUUUGCUGUCACAAUUGCCUCUGCUCUUGUAAUAACAGUCAAUUUCCAGAUUGGCUUGGAUACUUCUUAUUGGACUUUUGUGAAUGCCUUUUCAAUUUUUGGAAGCAUUGCAAUUUAUUUUGGCGUCAUGUUUGACUUUCAUAGUGCCGGAAUACAUGUUCUCUUGCCAUCUGCAUUUCAAUUUACAGGCACAGCUUCAAAUGCUCUGAGACAGCCAUAUAUUUGGUUGACCAUCAUCUUGACUGUUGCUGUGUGCUUGCUGCCUGUUGUUGCCAUACGUUUCUUGUCAAUGACCAUUUGGCCAUCAGAAAGUGAUAAGAUUCAGAAGCACCGAAAGCGGUUAAAAGCCGAAGAGCAGUGGAAGCGGCGGCAGAAUGUGUUCCGCAGGGGUGUGUCCACGCGGCGCUCGGCCUACGCUUUCUCCCACCAGCGUGGCUACGCCGACCUCAUCUCCUCUGGACGCAGCAUCCGCAAGAAGCGCUAUCCCCUGGAUGCAAUCAUCGCCGAUGGGACGGCAGAAUACAGGCGAACCGUGGAGACCUGAGGCAUUUGCUUCAGGUGACCUGUAGCAAAACAAACAAAGUAAAAUGUCUUUUUUUUUUAUGAGAGACUUGACUUUUUG